AUUACGGUUGCGGAAUAAAAAUUUACGUGAGUGAAAUGGUGUUUGAUAAUAAUUUAUUUUGACAUGUAAUAUACUUAAUCAUAAAUAAGUAGAGUGAUAGCAUGUAAAUAUGUAAUUUCCAAACCAAAUUCGAGAAACAAUAGUCAAGUUUGAUACGAACAUGAGCCACAGGCGCAUUACCCCCUACGGUCCUUUUCACACGAGUGACGCUAGGAUAGUUUAAAACAGGAUUUUUGGAACAGUAUGAAGGAGAUGGUAGGUGGAUGCUGUGUUUGUUCAGACGAUAGAGGAUGGGCAGAGAAUCCCCUAGUAUAUUGUGAUGGUCAAGGGUGCACAGUUGCAGUCCAUCAAGCGUGUUAUGGUAUAGUGACUGUACCCUCUGGAAAUUGGUAUUGCCGUAAAUGUGAAUCGCCAGAUAGAGCUAAAAGUGGUCCCAAUAAACCGUACUGCGAGUUGUGUCCAAGCAAAGACGGAGCGAUAAAGAAGACAGAUAACAAUGGAUGGGCCCACGUGGUGUGUGCACUCUACAUUCCCGAAGUUAGGUUCGUGAAUGUGACUACUAUGGAACCUAUUGUCUUGGCACAAAUUCCGCCUGAAAGAUUUAACAAGGUGUGCUAUAUCUGUGAAGAAAGUGGAAAGGGGUCUAGAUCAACUGUGGGUGCGUGUAUGAACUGUAAUAAAAGUGGUUGCAAACAGUGGUUUCACGUAACGUGUGCUCAAGCUUUUGGUCUGCUUUGUGAAGAAGCCGGCAACUAUCUAGAUAACGUUAAGUACUGCGGAUAUUGCCAGCAUCACUAUUCUAAACUGAAAAAGGGUGCAAACGUAAAGGCAGUGCCUGCGUAUCGUCCUUUGUCCGCUGAUUCGCCCCCUAGUCCGGACAAGGAAUCAAGUGACAACUGGUCAAAACCAGGAAAACGUAAACUAAGCACCUCGGCUAAAAGCUCUUCCUCUAACUUCUCAUCAAGUGGGAAACCCUCCAUUGGUGGCAAAUCCAGUGGUACUACAAGUCCUGCUCCGACUUCAGCUGGUGAGUCGACUGCUACACCGACAGUUGAGGAUCCGUCCCCUACACCCCCGCCUUCUGUCGUCCCCCCCGCCACCACAGACAGUCCAACCACCUCUGUUGACUCGGCUGUCAACGGGAAAUUCACCACUUCCAACUUUGUCGAGAGUGUAGUAACUCCUAGUGGAAGUGUAUUUGGAGACGGGAAACCAGGGAAGAAAAGGAAGAGCCAGGUGAAAGACGAGAGUCCCUCGGCGACAGCACCCUCUGUUAAUCCUUUGAGUGGAAAUUCAGGACCUCUAGCGGAGGAUAAAAGACCGAAGAUUGACUCCUCUGCCAUUCCCGGGAAGUUGGAGACUCCUACGCCGUCAGUUGUGGUGAAAGUUCCGACUACUGCUCCGUCUACUUCCCCCUCUGCCGCGCCCCCUGUUCCUCGCCAGCCUGUCACAACCUCACCAAUUGCUGCUACUAGUUCUAUAGUCGUGUCUGUGCCACUAGCCGUUGCGUCGCUGCCGACUCCGCCAGCCACAACUGUACCUGCGGCGCCGACCCCCGUCACAGACGACGCCCCCGGCAAGCGAGGAAGAUCUCAAUCGGCUGACAAGUCGGACAAAAGUAAGAAGCAGAAGCGAGGAGGCAGUGCUACAGGCAGCAAGAGAGGUGGUCGUAGCAGUCAAGCCACGCCUCCGCCCUCUAGCAACCAACUUCCUCAACCCCAGCCUUCACCUACCCCUCCUGUCAUAGCUACCCCCACCAUUGCCACGCCAGCUGCUACACCCACCCCAGUCGUGAUGCCUGUCAGUCAAGCCAUCAAGGAGUCCCCACCAAGCAGUCCGGACAACAAACAAAAGCACAAGAGGCAAUCUCAGUCUCGAGAUGACAAAGACAAAUUGUUCCAGAACGGUGUGAAUGCGCCACACAUGCUCGGCAAUCAGUUGAACCCGGCGUCCACGAUGGCGCAGAAGAUGUCAGAUACUCUGAACCAAGAGUUGGAAGCUCACAGUAUCUUCACCUCAGAACCUAACUUGAGCAGCCAGCCUGGCCAACUUGUGGGUCCCCAACUACACAGCAGAGUCAUAGCUAGUGUGAGAGGCAGUGGAGCAGGCACUCCCCAGACCAGCAGCACACCUCCAGCCAAUGCCUGGGCACCUAACAGUACAGCCUCAACCCCCCAGACCCUGGACCAGCUGUUGGAGAGGCAGUGGGAGCAGGGCAGUCAGUUCCUCAUGGAACAAGCGCAGCACUUUGACAGUAAGGUUGCGUCACUGCUGACUUGUCUACAUCAGCUGAGGGCAGAGAACCUGCGACUAGAGGAGAACGUCAACUCACUGUUGCAGCGGAGAGACCACUUGUUGGCUGUCAAUGCUAGACUGGCCAUCCCGUUGGUGCCUCCCAGCAUACCUCCACCCACAGUGAACAACAUACAUCCUGCAGCUGCCAACGUGCCGGUGUCAAUGCCGAUGGAUGGGCGGCCAGUGAACGUACCACAGCCACCUAGAGUCAACAACACCUAUCCCGGAGGUCCCGUGGAGAACGGACCAACGUCCCCCAGUCAGUCUUACCAUCCUGGACAACCCAAUCCGAUCAGCAGACACCACAGUCCAGGCAGCACGGCGCAGACAUACGUCUGCUCAGCGCCUGGGGUGGUCGUCCGCUCCACCAACAUUACUUCCAACCCUGAGCCUAGAAGGUCCAGUAGUCAGUCUGGCAGUCAUCCUCAGUCAGCUUACCCCAUGUACUCAGUAGCAGCAUCCCAGCAACAACAGAUCGUGAUGAGAAGAGAUCACUCCGACCACCAUCAUCCGUCAUCCAAGCCGAGCUGAGCCCUCUCUCUGCUGCAAUUCCUAGUGGAUAGUUAGAAACUCUGUACAGUUUAGUACUCGUUUUAAACUUUGUCAUAGUAAUUUAGUUAUGUGAUAAAAUCAAAAAGUUAGUAGUUACUGUUAUCGAGAUCGAUGUCACUUUUAUACCCGCUGGUUUAUAAUGUGCUGUGACUUUAUUGUUCCCCGCUACUUUAUUGACCAACUUUAAAUGUCUUCGCUGUAAGAUUAGGGUGGACAAAACACCAAUGUAUGUUAAAUGUGAGACACUUUUUGUGAACGUUUUUUUUUUAUUUUAAUUUAUUGAUUUCAAUAAAAUUAAUAUUGAAUUUGCUGUUUGAAAA